GCAGCUCACUUCCGCUCGGCAGGUGACAGCCGUGGGGCUUGGAGCGGCCGGGUGCAGCGACGCACCGGCGGAGAGGGAGGCCGAAGCUGCGGGUAUUUUGCUCCUGAAGCGAGCCGAGCCGUGGCACCCGGCGCCGUUUGGACUUGCGGGUGAGGAGAAAGGCAGUCCGGCGAGACAGGAGAAGAACUGAAGGGGUCCGAGAGUCUGGCCACAGAUAAAGGACCAAAAUGACUGACUCAAAAUACUUCACAACAACCAAGAAAGGGGAAAUCUUCGAGCUGAAAGCAGAGCUGAACAGUGACAAGAAGGAGAAGAAGAAGGAGGCGGUAAAGAAAGUGAUUGCAUCGAUGACUGUGGGCAAAGAUGUCAGUGCUCUCUUCCCUGAUGUGGUGAACUGUAUGCAGACAGACAACCUGGAGCUAAAGAAGCUGGUGUAUCUGUACUUGAUGAACUAUGCCAAGAGUCAGCCAGAUAUGGCCAUUAUGGCUGUCAACACUUUUGUGAAGGACUGUGAGGACCCCAACCCCCUCAUCCGGGCCCUGGCUGUGAGAACUAUGGGCUGUAUCCGAGUUGACAAGAUCACAGAGUACUUGUGUGAACCACUCCGGAAGUGCCUGAAGGAUGAAGAUCCAUAUGUGCGCAAGACAGCAGCUGUGUGUGUAGCCAAGCUCCAUGACAUCAAUGCUCAACUAGUAGAAGAUCAGGGUUUCCUGGACACACUUAAAGACCUCAUCUCUGACUCUAACCCCAUGGUGGUAGCAAAUGCGGUGGCUGCCCUCUCAGAGAUCGCUGAGUCGCACCCCAGUAGCAACCUGCUUGACUUGAACCCACAGUCCAUCAACAAGCUGCUGACAGCCCUUAACGAAUGCACUGAGUGGGGCCAGAUCUUCAUUCUAGACUGUCUGGCCAACUACAUGCCCAAGGAUGACCGUGAGGCCCAGAGCAUCUGUGAGAGGGUCACUCCUAGGCUCUCCCAUGCCAACUCUGCGGUGGUGCUGUCUGCUGUGAAGGUGUUGAUGAAGUUCAUGGAGAUGUUGUCCAAGGACCUGGACUAUUACGGCACAUUGCUCAAGAAGCUGGCACCUCCUCUGGUCACACUGCUGUCAGCAGAGCCAGAGCUUCAGUAUGUGGCUCUGCGCAACAUCAACCUCAUCGUGCAGAAAAGGCCAGAGAUCCUGAAGCAUGAAAUGAAGGUUUUCUUUGUGAAGUACAAUGACCCCAUCUAUGUGAAGCUGGAGAAGCUGGACAUCAUGAUCCGCCUGGCCUCCCAGGCCAACAUCGCCCAGGUACUGGCAGAACUCAAAGAGUAUGCUACAGAGGUAGAUGUGGAUUUUGUACGGAAGGCCGUGCGUGCCAUCGGCCGCUGCGCCAUCAAGGUGGAGCAAUCUGCAGAGCGCUGUGUGAGCACAUUGCUUGAUCUCAUCCAGACCAAGGUCAACUAUGUGGUUCAGGAAGCCAUUGUGGUCAUUAAGGACAUCUUCCGCAAGUACCCCAACAAGUAUGAGAGUGUGAUAGCCACACUGUGUGAGAAUCUGGACUCCCUGGAUGAGCCUGAGGCCCGUGCUGCUAUGAUAUGGAUAGUGGGCGAGUAUGCUGAGCGCAUUGACAAUGCAGAUGAGCUGCUGGAGAGCUUCCUCGAAGGUUUCCAUGAUGAGAGCACUCAGGUCCAGCUACAGCUGCUGACAGCCAUUGUGAAGCUAUUCCUGAAGAAGCCAACAGAGACUCAGGAGCUGGUGCAACAGGUCCUCAGUUUGGCCACUCAGGACUCAGACAACCCGGACCUUCGGGACCGUGGCUACAUCUACUGGCGCCUGCUCUCCACGGACCCUGUAGCUGCCAAAGAAGUGGUGCUGGCUGAGAAGCCCCUCAUCUCAGAGGAGACGGACCUUAUUGAGCCUACACUGCUGGACGAGCUCAUCUGCUACAUUGGCACACUGGCCUCUGUCUACCACAAGCCACCCAGCGCCUUUGUGGAGGGCGGCCGGGGAGUGGUGCAUAAGAGCCUGCCACCCCGAACUGCCUCGAGUGAGAGCACAGAGAGCCCUGAGACAGCCCCAGCUGGAGCACCUUCUGGUGAUCAGCCUGAUGUCAUCCCUGCCCAGGGUGACCUGUUAGGUGACCUCCUCAACUUGGACCUUGGCCCCCCAGUGAGUGGCCCACCCUUGGCUGCCUCCUCAGUGCAGAUGGGAGCUGUGGAUCUUCUUGGUGGUGGCCUCGACAGCCUGAUGGGGGAUGAGCCUGAAGGGAUUGGAGACACCAACUUUGGGGCACCUCCAGCACCAGUGACAACAGCAGCAGCUCCAGCCAGACUUGGAGCACCCAUCAGCAGUGGCUUAAGUGACCUCUUUGACCUGACCAGUGGCGUGGGCACCCUUUCAGGAUCCUACGUAGCUCCCAAAGCAGUCUGGCUCCCUGCAAUGAAGGCCAAGGGGCUGGAGAUCUCCGGCACUUUCACCCGCCAAGUUGGCUCCAUCUCCAUGGACCUUCAGCUGACUAACAAGGCCCUGCAGGUCAUGACAGAUUUUGCCAUCCAGUUCAAUCGGAACAGCUUUGGCCUGGCCCCUGCCGCACCACUCCAGGUACAUGCACCGCUCAGUCCCAACCAGACUGUGGAGAUCUCCCUGCCUCUUAACACAGUAGGCUCAGUCAUGAAGAUGGAGCCUCUAAACAACCUUCAGGUGGCCGUGAAGAACAACAUUGAUGUCUUCUACUUCAGCACCUUGUACCCACUGCAUGUCCUCUUUGUGGAGGAUGGGAAGAUGGACCGGCAGAUGUUCCUGGCCACAUGGAAAGACAUUCCCAAUGAGAAUGAAGCCCAGUUCCAGAUCAGAGACUGCCCGCUCAACACAGAGGCUGCAAGCAACAAGCUGCAAAGCAGUAACAUUUUCACCGUUGCCAAGAGGAAUGUGGAGGGCCAGGACAUGCUCUACCAGUCUCUGAAGUUGACCAAUGGCAUCUGGGUGCUGGCAGAGCUGCGGAUCCAGCCAGGCAACCCCAGCUUCACGCUGUCCCUCAAGUGCCGAGCACCGGAGGUGUCCCAGCAUGUAUACCAGGCCUACGAGACCAUCCUCAAGAACUGAAGUCCCUCCAACAUCCACCCGAGCCUUCUGCCAGCCCUGUCGUGGAGCCCUGUGGGUGGCAGUACCUCCUCCUUUCUUUAGGAAAAGGCCAGGUGGGCUCCUGACCCCCCAGGAGGCUCUCCUGAUCCUAAGGGCCCAGAGCAGGGGCCAUGCCCCCUCCUGGAGGAACCUCUCAGUGCAUCUCCAGUGGCUGCUGUUGAUGUGGGAUCAAAGGAGAUGGAGCCAGAGCAGCAGCAGAAGCUGGACAGGAGGCCUCAGGGUGCUCUUCCUUCUCCCUCUGCCUGGGGGUGAGCGUGGAACUCCCCUUGGGGUCCCAGCCCAUAAUCCCUGCUCUGUCUUCCCACUGAGCCUGUCCUGGGUAGAGUCCUCUGGGUGCCAAUGUUACUGCUCUGUCACAGUCCUGGGACUCCAGGGGCUGGAGGUGGUGACGGGCCGGCAUGAGCCUAAAGAGACAACCUGGGCCAGCACAGCACCAUCCACCAUAUGCGCCAGGUGGAGCUGCUGUGACCACCUGGAUGGUCCAGAGUCCAUCUGGGAUUCUGUUCCCUCAUGCCCUAGAGGAUGGUCACUGCCGAAAAAAACAUUCCUUGGUGUCCCCUCUGUGAGUCCAGGGCUCUUAGAACAGAAAUAGGGUGGAAAGUGGAGUAAGGGGCAGUGGAAAUGCUUCCAGUGUGAGGCUCCUAAGGGUUCUCUAUCGUCCACUGCCCUCCCCAGGCUCCCCAGUCUCAGUGUGUAUGACAGUGAUGGGUUUCCCUGUCACUGCUGUUUGAUAAUAAAGAGAUUCUGCUUUUGGCAGUCACGCACACUUCUUUCCCUUUACAAAGAAAGACCAGCCUAAGGAACUGCUUUUGGGUGGCUGGGGAUAAUGUCUGACCCCUGCAGUCAUUAUAUCUAAUACGUAUAAAUAGAAAAUAUAUAUAUUGUAUGUUUACUCUUAUUUUCAAAAAGAGAAAGUGAAUAAAAAUGAUGAGAUCAA